UACCGAGGAUCCACGAAGUGGUACAGUUACGCUAUAUAAAAGAGCGUCAUUCUUGAGAAGGACAGACACGCUUCCUAAUUGCUUUUCUACCACCCUCACUCCCUCUUUUCACCUUUCACUUCUUCGUAUACCUCAUCCUCAAUCACACUCCAAGAAAUGGUCUACCACACCACCGGCGAACCCACCAUCGUUCCUCCUGCGAUCCAGGUCGAAGGUCAGGAGGCGCAGGAUCGUGGCCGCAAGCACGAUAUCCACCCUAUCGCAGAGGACGGCCAGAGCGUCAACGUCACCAAUACCGGAAGCCGUCGCGGCUCCAUCUCUGCCUUUGUCGAGCGCCUUCGCUCCCGCUCGCGAUCCCGCUCUCGCUCUCGCUCCCGUACACGCCCAUCCAUCGACGGCGUCAUCAGGGAGGGCGAGGAUAAGGAGUAUGUGUACUCUCGCCGAAAGUCGUCCGACAUGCGUGGCGAAUAUGCAUCCGCCCUGCGAGCACAGACCGAGUACAUGGAGAACCUGCGCACAGAACAGGCCAAGAGCGGCAUCACCCACAACGUCGAUGGUAUCCCUAUCCCCCCACCUGUUAACCCACCCAGAGAGGGACGCCGUAGCUCGAUCGUCGAUGCCAUCACCCGCGUCACAUCGCGCAGCCGAAGCCGUGGUCCUAAUGAGGAGCGCUCUGGUAGCCGUAGCCGUAGCAGCAGCCAUGCCAGACACGAACACGAUGACACCUUGGAGGUACGUGACAAGGACAAGGAGUACAAGUACUCCCGUCGCAAGUCUACAGAUAUCUCGGGACCCUACGCUGAUGUGCUGGGGUCGCAAUUGGACUACAUGGAGCACCUGAGGGAGGACCAAGUCAAGAAGGGUAUUACCCAUGUCGAUGGCAUCAAGAUCCCACCACCUGUUAACCCUGGCAGCAACCGUGAUAGCAGACGGUCAAGCGUCGCAGAGGGUCCUUUGAACAAGCAACUCAUUUAGAGGGUGUCUUUGAGAUACCGAUAACCCCCGCACCCACCCACCCAUUGAGCACACAUCUCCCCAGGGUCUCAAGUUAUUUUCACAGGCGGAACAACAAUGACACC